CUCUUUGGCCUUCCAUUUACUUGACUAAUGUUCACUGUCCAUCCCAGUGGGUCAGAUCUCUGGGUAGGGCCCCACAGGAAUCCACCUUGGCCUCUAGAGGGUGCAUGCCAUUGGAUGGGUCUGGGGGCUCAGAGCUCUCUUAUCCAUUGAGCCAGAGGAAGCUGAAGGCUUUCUGGAGGAGGUGGCAAGGAUUUCCAGGCAGAACAGGGGUAUAGGGGUACUGACCCCCACAGGCCACAAGUUUAGAAGCUAAGACCACAGGAAUGAAGAUGCAUUUGUAGAAUCCCAGCUGCAAGGGCUGGUCCCUCCAGUCUCUCACCUAUCCAAACACAGACUGACUGUGCACCUCAGAUUCAAGUUCACAUUUGUGAAAUGUCUGGUGCAGAGCCAGGGGGAAGCUGCUGGGCCUAGGGCAAAGUAUCUACCUUUCAGCCUACCAGCUCAGAAGGACCCAGCUGGUUUGGGGGAAACCAGGUGAUGCGCUUUGCUCCCUGGUUGGCAGUAUUUGAAAUCUUCCCCUGCCCCAGAUCCUUCUGACCUUGUCUCUCCUUUCUUCACAUAUUCUGAGCACCUCUGUGUGCCGGUUAAUUACCAUCAACUGCGGCUCCCAGUUGGAGUCUGGCUAGUCAUUGCAGGGGACACCUCUCAAGCCCCUAUGCAUAUGCCUCCUUUACCCAGAGCAAAGCUGCAGCUGUCCUACAGCUGCCCCAAAGCCGCAGAUGACUGUGGGCACAGGGAGACUCCCAUCGGCCCACCUCAGAUGCGGGAACAGUAAUCACCUGGCAUGGGAGCUGUGAUCGUUCUGUCUGUGACAGGGGUUGGGCCUGAUCAUCCCUGGUGCCUGCUCUGAACUGCUCCUUGCUUGGUACACCCCUGCACUUAACUGCCAGCGCCCUAUUAAUCUGGAGCCCGUUCUGCCAGGCUCCCCACCGGGAAGCUCCCAGCUCCUCCGCCAGACCUCCGGGCCCCUCGCCUCCCGCAGCCGAGCGACCCUAGUGAAUCACAUCCGGAAUGAGGGGGCACGAGGGGCGGAGCGCGCCCCGGAGGAGACUGCCUCCCCGCCUCACAUUCACGGCGCCACCGCCGCCAGCCGCAGAGCUGCCCCUCUCACGGAACCCUCCGUGUUGCCCGCGCACCCCGAGUCCCUUCAGGCCAGAGGCUUCCGCAGGUGAUGGCGGACGAGGGUGAGGGGGUCCUGGAAACCGCCGCGCGCCUGCCGCCGGGCCUCGCACGGGAGGGGGGCUCGCGCCCGGCCCCGGCGGCUUGGGCCCGAGAAGGGGGAUGUGGGCACCCCGACCUCUCAGACGGCCCGAGGACCGCCCUGCCUGUCCUGGGGCUCCGGGGAGCGUCCUCUUUGGCGACUCAUCCUACCCUGGAAAACGGCCUUUCUGGGGGCGAGGCCCCAGAAACCUGUGGCGCAGUGGGGUCGGGGGCCCAGGCUGAAACCCCGGAGAAGGCCGAGGAAAUGACGAUUGAGAAGGGCGCCAUCUUCUCGGAGGAGGGGGAGGUGCAAAAGCAGCAGGUGGGCGAGGAGAUGGAGGUGGCUGAGAAGCUGGUAGAGGAGGAGAAGCUGGAGGUGGGAGCGGAGGGGCAGGACGGCCCUGGGCCCCUAAACCUUGAUGGCCCAGUUGUGGACCCACUGGAGGCCAUCCAGUGGGAGCUGGAGGCUGUGAGUGCCCAGGCAGACAGGGCCUACCUGCAGCUGGAGCGCAGGUUUGGGCGUAUGCACCGCUUGCACCUAGCCCGUAGGAGCUUCAUCAUCCAGAAUAUUCCCGGCUUCUGGGUCACCGCCUUCCUGAACCACCCGCAGCUGUCAGCCCUGAUCAGCCCUCGAGAUGAAGACAUGCUCUGCUACCUGAUGAAUUUAGAGGUGAGGGAGCUCAGGCAUGCCAGGACCGGCUGCAAGUUCAAGUUCCGCUUUUGGAGCAAUCCCUACUUCCGGAACAAGGUGAUCGUGAAGGAAUAUGAAUGCAGAUCCUCAGGCCGGGUGGUGUCUAUCGCAACUCGCAUCCGAUGGCACCGGGGCCAGGAACCCCCAGCUCUGGUACACAGGAACCGAGAGACCGUCCGCAGCUUCUUCAGCUGGUUCUCACAGCACAGCCUCCCAGAGCCUGACAUGGUUGCCCAGAUUAUUAAAGAGGACCUGUGGCCCAACCCCCUGCAGUACUACCUGCUGGGGGAUAGGCCCCACAGAGCCAGGAGAGGCCUAGCACGGUGGCCCACAGAGCCCCCUUCAAGGCCCUAUGGGUUCCAGUCUGGCUAAGCCCUGCCCUGGGACCUGGCUUCUACCUACAUAAGACUCCCUUCUACUUCCUGUGGACCUCUGCUUAGGCCAGCAGUGGCACUCUGGCCCCUCUGGACAUUCAGCGGUCACAGCGGACCGUCUGGAGGCCUUCAUGACGUAGUUCUGUUUCCAUGUGGCCUUUGUGCAUCACAGGAGUCACAGGCCACAGUGUCCUUCCCACCACCCAGCGCUGCAGACAUGUACUGCCGUCAUCUUCCGGGCCCACCUUUGAUCAUGGCCUCCCCACCCAUUUCUGAGAUGGCGCCCACGAGUCAUUGCUGGAAGGACCAGUGCCUCUUCAAGGCCACAACACGCUGGGCUCAUAUUUGUGCUGGCUCUGCACAUUGGCUGUGGCCAGCUGCGUCUCAUCACCCACGAUGACGUGGGUGCACUGUGCUAGCGGUCAACUGCACUUGGACAUUCUAGGGCCUCAGAGCUUCAGGAUGACGGGCCAAGCUACCCCACUGGAGGUGGGACACCCAAGCUACGGACUGUGGGACAUCUGGUAAAAUGGGCACACAGAUGCAGAUGGCUGUUGCGUAUGGGUGAGGUCAAGGAUGUGAGGCAGUGGGCAACACAUUCUUUGUGAUCACGCUGAUGUCACCUGUGUGGGUCCUGCUUCACAGCCUGCUAUCUGUGUAGGCCUGUGCUCUCUACUUUACCGAUGUCUGGCUAUCAUCCUUCUCUUGAGUUUUCCUGAGGUUGCCACCAGCCCUUUUGCCUGCUCCCAGGUCUAUAAGGACCUCAAGAACUGUCAGUGGACCCAGGUUGACCACCUGUAAAUGCACAAGGCCCCCCAUAUCCCCAGGAACUGCUGUGCUGGCAUUUCUGGGCAUGGGCUCAAGGCAGGGGCAAUGACUGGGUCUGUUCCAGAAGCGUACCUUCCUGAGCCCUGGUCACUGGACUCCUACAGAGUCCAUCUCCCCCUGGACUUCAGUUUGUUCUUAGGCUGCUGGGGAAGGGGUGUUUCUGGUCUAGGAGCCUACACCUUCCCAGAACUCACAUCUCUUCAUUUUCUUUAAAGUGACAGCUCAGAAAUAAACAACGGAAGAAGCAAGGUUUUUGUUUUUUUUUAUAAACAGUUGAGGAGACAGGCUUUCUUGUUUAAUUUGCCUCUCUUUAUCCCCUCUGCUCCCAUGCCCUUCCCCUUUCAGCAAGGUCUAGAAUCUUCAAAGGGGAACAGUACAGGGCUGUUCAACAGGGAGACCAGGAGGUAGGGGCCCCGGGGGUAGGGAUCGUUCAUUGUUUUGUUUCUGCUGUGUUCUUUUAGACUAACUUUAGCCCAACUCUUCCUUCUACCAGGUCCAGUGCCCAUCCUAGGAUCCUGUAGGUACAAGAGCUUAGUUGCACCGCUCCCUGCAACCCGGUUCCCCUCCCUAGGCUUUCGUGGCCAUUUCCAUCUUAUUUUAGGGGUGACAAUACCCAGUCCCCUUCCCACGAAAGGCCUUGUCUUCUCUGUACUUGGGGAGGCCUUGAAACAAACUAAUGGGGGAUGUGCUCUUGGGGGGGGGAGAAGCAGAGCCAGCUGGUGAGGCGGGGAUGCCUGAGAGCUGGUGGAGUGGAAGGAAGAGAGCUCUGACUCUUCCCACCUUUUUUUCAUUCACCAAUAUGUGUUUUAAGAACUAUCAACAGAACACUGCAUCUUUGCAGAUUCUCUCCAUCCAGGUAAAAGCUUGUGUUUGUGGAAAGUUAAUGCUGUUUUUCAUUUCACUGCUUGUAAGCAAGAAUCUGUGUAUCCCCUUCUCCAUUUUUACUGGGGAAAUUGAGGUGACAAGGCCUGCUUGUUGCUUUUAGUUAAGAACAUUUACAAGAAUGUCACUGUAAUUUUUUGAUGCCAUUUGGGCACUUAUGUGGCUAUUCAUGAUUGUUAUCAAAUUGUUGUGGCCUGAUAACAUAACCCUGUACUUAGAAAUAGUUUGAAUAUGGUGGUUUGUAUCGUUACUGUGUUGUGAGGAUAACCUCCCAAGGGAAACCUGUAACUCUGAUGGUUUUGAUGAUUCUGUGCUCCAGGUGCCGUGCUGUAACCAACAUCACUGUAUCGGUAUCUCUGCUUCUAAACAAAUAUUCGUGAUGUGGCUUUGUCCAGUCAGGAUAGGAUUCACAGCACUUUUGUCUUCUGUAUGCAUGGUGAAAAAAAUAAAACCCUUUCACUCUGGGGGAAAAAAUAACU